GGGGCGAUUAUGUCACGCCAAUGUCACGUCACUCGUCGACCACGGCGGGACCUACAUAACCCCGGGGAGCCUCCACGACAUCCAUCGCCCCCGCACCCCACCCGCCGGAGGACCUCACGUUCUACUGUGUAUAUCGUGACAGCUCUGGUAUCUAACCAAGACUCGAACACAUAUCAGAUUGACUGACCACCCCCGACCCCGCCACCGAGAGCAGCAGCAGCUCACGACACGACGAGCCCCCUUCCUCGAGACACUAGUCUAUAUUUCUCUUCAAGCGUUGGAAAUCACCGAGCUCCCAUUCAAAAUGCCUCAAGCAAGCUCCCUGCCCGCGUGGGCCGAGCUCCAGGCCCACCGCGACUCGGUCGGCAAGAGCUUUGUACUGAAGGAGGCCUUCGCCUCGGACCCCGAGCGCUUCUCAAAGUUCACGCGCACCUUCAAGCUGCCGUCCACGGCGUCGUCAUGCCCAGGCGAUACCGACAUUCUCUUCGACUUUUCUAAGAACCUUGUGACCAGCGAGACACUCGAUCUUUUGGUUAAGCUCGCCGAGCAGGCCGGGCUGGAGAAGAAGCGCGAGGCCAUGUUCAAGGGCGAGAAGAUCAACUUUACCGAGGACCGGGCCGUCUACCACGCCGCGUUGCGCAACGUCGGCGCCGAGCCGUGGAGCAUGACGGUGGACGGUGCUGAUGUCAUGGGCGCCAAGGGCGGCGUCAACGAGGUGCUGGAGCACAUGAAGGUCUUUUCGGAGCAGGUCCGCAGCGGCGAGUGGAAGGGCUUCACGGGCAAGAAGCUCACCAAUAUUGUCAACGUCGGCAUCGGUGGCUCCGACCUGGGCCCCGUCAUGGUCACCGAGGCGCUCAAGCACUACGGCGCCAAGGGCAUGACGCUGCAUUUUGUGUCCAACAUCGACGGCACUCACAUCGCCGAGGCGCUGGCGGCCUCGGACCCCGAGACGACUCUGUUCCUGAUCGCGUCCAAGACCUUCACCACCGCCGAGACGACGACGAACGCCAACACGGCCAAGACGUGGUUCCUGGAGAAGACGGGCGGCAAGGGUGACAUUGCCAAGCACUUUGUGGCUCUGUCGACCAACGAGAGCGAGGUGACCAAGUUCGGCAUCGACAGCGCAAACAUGUUCGGCUUCGAGAGCUGGGUUGGCGGUCGCUACUCUGUCUGGAGCGCCAUCGGACUGAGCGUUGCCCUGUACAUUGGCUACGACAACUUCCGCAAAUUCCUGCAGGGAGCCCACGAGAUGGACAAGCACUUCCGCACCGCACCGCUGCGCGAGAAUAUCCCCGCCCUCGCCGGCCUGCUCAGCGUCUGGUACUCCAACUUUUACAACGCCCAGACGCACCUGGUCGCACCGUUUGACCAAUACCUGCACCGAUUCCCGGCAUACCUGCAGCAGCUCUCCAUGGAGUCAAACGGCAAGAGCGUCACCUCUGAUGGCACCACGGCCAAGUACACCACGGGCCCGAUCCUUUUCGGCGAGCCCUGCACCAACGCACAGCACUCCUUCUUCCAGCUGGUGCACCAGGGCACCAAGCUGAUCCCAACCGACUUCAUCCUGGCGGCCAAGUCCCACAACCCAGUCUCGAACAAUGUGCACCAGAAGAUGCUGGCGUCCAACUACCUGGCGCAGGCCGAGGCCCUGAUGGUAGGAAAGACGGCAGAGCAGGUCCGAGCCGAGGGCGUGAGCGAAGACCUGGUGCAGCACAAGGUAUUCCUCGGCAACCGACCGACGACGUCAAUCCUAGUGGGAGGUCACAUCGGUCCCGCCGAGCUGGGCGCGCUCAUUGUAUACUACGAGCACCUGACCUUCACUGAGGGAGCCGUCUGGGACAUCAACUCGUUCGACCAGUGGGGCGUCGAGCUGGGCAAGGUACUGGCCAAGAAGAUCCUCAAGGAGCUCGACGAGCCUGGCAACGGCGCCGACCACGACUCGUCCACCGGCGGCCUCAUUGGCGCCUUCAAGAAGUACAGCAACCUGUGAAGAUUAUGGAGCGACAGCCUGGACAGCCCGGAGGCGGUCCGGGGGUGUCGGUUAUGAUGACUGAGGGAACCAAAAGAGGCGAGAAACGCAUGUGUAAACGAAAAAGAGAACCGGGAAGUUGAGUACCAACUGAUCGAAGUGAUGACGUUGAGAUUACAUGUUUUGGGAGUACUAUUACCUACUUAACUGCCCAACCUAUGCUUGUAAGGUAGCAGAUGGCAGUCACCUAUGAGUACUUCCUCUGGACCGUGUGAUAGCGUUCGUAUUGGGAGUUCCAUCGCGGAGGUGAGGCGGCUUCUCCAACUAUAGAACCGGGCUCCGAUAUCGGUGGGAAACAGCCCCUUUUUCGCGAUGUUUGGCUCUAUUCCGAUUGCAAGCCGGCUUCUUCCGCCGGGUUGGUGACAGGGGCAGCCGAGGAAUCCAGGUGGCGGAAUUUCCGGGCAGCCGUUCCACUCGCGUUGCUACCGGCAGAAGACGAAGAAAUCCACGCACUCAUUUCAGCUCUUCAAGCGCCCAUAUUGCCCUCGAGACAGAGGCAACUCCCCGUGGGAGUCGCGGCUUGCAACUGGGAUGCGACGGCAUAUCCUCGGAGGUGGGAGAUGGACGGGGAAGUCGAGGGAGCACCUGGGUACCCAAGUACUCUGUAAGUACCGACCGUGCUUGGGAGGGUAAGGGACUAAAAUAAUCAUUAGGAAUAAAACGGUUAAAAUGGAAAGAGACAAGCGGACGGACUCAGAGCAAGCAAGUGCCCAAGUAUCAGCAGGCCGCAUCAGGCGGGCGCAUUUUCGUCCAAACAGGCAGCUCGGGCGGGUACAUCAGGCAUGAAAGAGGCGCGG